AAUUUACUCUUCACGUAAUGCUGUCAACCUUACCGGAGGAGCAAUGGACGGCCAGAUCUCACUCCGUUCCGAUCGAACGGCUCGGAUCCAACCUCACCGGCCUCAGCGACGCCUCACUUCACUCCUACACAAAACACAAGAAAAAAACCCAAUCCGAAUCCGUCUUAUCCCCAACCAAACUAACACACCGCACUCCGCUCCUCCUCCACUCCAAGAAGCCGAGCCAGCCAUGUCGCCGGUGACCGCGCUGCUCGCCGGCGCCGCCGCCUUGCCGCCACUGCUGCCGGCGGCGGCGGCGGCGGCGUGGAGGCCGUCCCGUGUCGCGCCCGCGGGGCACGCCCCCCGCGUCGGCGGGGGGUGCGCGCUGGCGGUGGAGUGCUCGUCGCGGCCGCAGAAGAAGGCGACCAAGCACCACAUGAAGACGCGGCCCAAGAAGUCGCAGCCGUGGGACAUCAAGCGCCGCCCCACGCGGUACCCGCCGCGGUCGCCGCUCCCGCCGGACUGGACGCUCGUCGCCACCGGCGCUACGGUCGACGCCUCGGUGCAGGCCGAGGACGAGGAGGACGAGCAGGAGACGCCGGAGCCGGUCGCCGCUCCGGUGGUCGAGGUGGUGGCGGCCCCGGCCGCCGCCGACUGACGCCGACCAUGUCUGUCGCUUGUGGUUUUCCUUGCACGAGUUGCCUCACUCCAUGGAUGGAUAGAUUUUUGGUAUCAUUGCAUUGCUUCUCUUUGUUUGUGUGUGAUCAGAAAUCUUGGAUGCUACUGUUAAAUGGUUGCUGCUUUAUACUAUCACUGAUUGGUUUACUUGAUGAUUAUCUGAAUUUCUUGUUCUAUGACACUUAGUUCAGUGAUUUGAUUCUGAGUGGUCUCUGCACGGUGCACCACGGCGUCGAUAAUUAUGCUCUAUAGUACUGUUAUUUGUAGCCAUUCUAACUUGUCUUAAAAUAAGUUUAAUUUUAAGUAACCAUUGUAUUGGAGUUUAGGGCAUGCACAGUGCGCCGAUGUGGUGAG